AUGGGUCCUACAGUGAAAAGAAAGCAAUUUUCGUUGAAAGAGAAGAAAAACAUAAUUUCUGAAGUAGACAAAGGAUUAAAGAAAGGCGAGGUGGCAAAAAAAGUAUGGCAUAUCUCCAUCAACAUAGUUAACCAUUUUGAAGAACCGAGAAAGCAACUUGAAACAACUACAGACUUAUGUUUUUGUCUUGAGCAGAAAAAAAUGCGUAAGGCACAAUUUGAAGACGUUGAUACAGCGGUAUUCAAAUGGUUUCAAGAUGUUCGUUCCAGAAACGUUCCUCUGACCGGUCCUUUAAUUCGAGAAAAAAAUCUUAGAAUUUGCUAAAAUUCUCGAAGUUGAAAAUUUCUAAGCAAGUUUCGGAUGGUUAAAUCGUUUCCGUGAGCGGUAUAGUGUGGUGACCAAAUGCAUUUCUGGAGUUAACGAAUGGCGAAAUGGAGAAGUUGCAGCACUCAUUAAUAAAUACAGCCCGAACGAUGUCUCUAAUGUGGAUGAAGCUGAAGUGUUUUUUCAGCUUGAACCAAAAAGGACAUUAGCCCAGAAAGGAGAUAAGUGUGUAGGGAGUAAAGCUUCCAAACAACGCAUCACCGCUCUGUUCUGUUGUAACAAAUCGGGAACGGAGAAACGAAAAAUUCUUAUCAUUGGCUAAUCCACAAAACCUCGUUGUUUUAAAAACUGUAAAUCAUUGCCAUGUAUCUAUAAAUUUAACAAGAAAGCAUGUAUGACUAAAAUAAUUUUUAAUGAUUGGUAGAUAGAUUUCGACAAAGAAAUGGAAAAGAAGAACAGGAAAAUUCUUCGUCUUAUCGACAACUGUGAACCACAUAAUGAGCCACCAAAAUUGGAAAACAUUCGUGUGGAAUAUUUCCCACCUAACUGCACAGCUGUAGUUCAACCUCUUAACCAAGGUAUCAUCAAAGCUGUAAAAUCAAGAUACAGAACUUUUCUGUAA